GGAGACGUGCACACAGACCGCAGGCUGAGCAGAUAACACUGAAGUGACUAUCUCUCGCUUGGACAGGACACGACAGCAAUUUCUCAUUUUGCACUUUUUGCACUGUCACUUGACGACUUGCACGCGCUGUGCGAUGAAAAAACGACUACUUGAACCACAGUUUUACAGUUUUUUGCAUCUGCAGGACCCAAGACUAAUUAAUAGACUUAGAGAGUUAUGAAUUUAUUUCCUGUCAACAUUUUUAUUUGCUAAUAUAAUUUCUGCAAAAUAGUUCCUUUUUGUCAAAUUAGUUUUCAUUGCAGCGUUAGAUAUUGCACGCAGUACUCGGUUUUGCAGCAUCAGUGGAUUGUUCUGCUGCCUCUCCGUGGCCAAACCCUCCUCCAUGCGGAACCGGAUAAUUGGAGACAUCGCCGUGCCAUCCCACUUCGCGAGCGUCCUCGACCGGAGCAGUAAUGCAGCAAGAGCGGCUGCUCAAAGUCCUGGUCAUCGGCGAUCUGGGAGUCGGUAAAACGUCCAUCAUCAAACGCUACGUGCACCAGGUGUUCUCCCAGCAUUACCGCGCCACCAUCGGGGUGGACUUCGCCCUGAAGUUACUGACCUGGGACCAGAGGACGGUGCUGCGGCUACAGCUGUGGGAUAUCGCUGGGCAGGAACGCUAUGGCAACAUGACCCGGGUGUACUACAGGGAGGCGGUCGGGGCCCUCGUUGUUUUCGACAUGACGCGACUGUCUACGUUUCAGGCUGUCCUUAAAUGGAAAGGAGACCUGGACUCGAAGGUCGCCUUGAACAACGGGACGCCGGUUCCUGUCGUCCUAUUGGCCAACAAGUCGGACCAGCGGAGUCAGGGUCUGUGCCCCAAGCUGCCCAAACUGGAGAAGUUCUCCAGAGAGUACGGCUUCGUCGGCUGGUACGAAACCUCCGCCAAGGACAACACCAACAUCGACGCCGCCAUCACUUGUUUGGUGAAGAGCAUCAUGAGUGCGGAGGAGGAGAAAGCCUCCGCCGGGAAAACUGAACCUGAAGGCAACGUCUUGGUUCUGCCUCGCUUCGACUACAACACCAAAGAGAAGCCACUCAGCAAGUGUUCGGGAUGCUCCUCGAUCAAAACCAGAGACAACGACUCAAGGAGGGACGACUGAAGCAAAAGACUGAACGUUAUUUUGUUGAAGGGUUAUUAAGUUAUAAAGAUCCAGUCUCUGCCUCCCUUUAUCCCCACAAAGCACCUUUUCAGAGUGGAAUCAGUUGGGAUUUUUCUGAGAAAUCAAUUAAAGAUAACGUUAUUAUUCUAUUUUCAUAACAGAAACGGAGACAUAUUUUUUCCACUGCUGAAAAAAGCCUUUCUUUUGAAAAUGAUAGAAAAAUGUACUCCUAAAAAAGUGUUUAUAAAGAUAUUUAAAUAUUUUGUAUAUAGCACAGCAACAUGUCUAAUGUUUGAGACUGGUGGAUUUGUUAUGUAAUGACAUGUAUGGAUCAAUCCAAUGAUUAACAGAUACAAAAUUACAUGAUUAAUCGUUUUCCAUUCAUAAAAAGCUCUUUUAAUUCGUCACACAUCUUCUUUUUCUUGUCUAAACACUUCCCACCUCUACUUUUCUAUCUAUUUUGUAUAUUAUUUGAUGCAAAUGUUGUAAAAAUGCAUGCUUUUCUUUGGUUUUAAUGCAAAAUGCGUUUAAAUGAUGUGUACAAAAACCUA